AUGGACCGGUUCAAUAAGAAAGUGUUAAAUCAGUGCAUUGGACAGUUGGAUGGCCAUAUUGCUUGCUCUACAUCAACCAUCAACAUAAACACCAACAUCAACAUAAACAACAACAUAAACAUAAACAACAACAUCAACAUCAACAUAAACAACAACAUCAACAUAAACAACAACAUCAACAUCAACAUCAACAACACCAACAUCAACAUAAACAACAACAUCAACAUAAACAUAAACACCAACAUCAACAUAAACACCAACAUCAACAUAAACAACCACAUCAACAUCAAUAACACCAACAUCAACAUAAACAACAACAUCAACAUAAACACCAACAUCAACAUAAACAACAACAUCAACAUAAACAUAAAUAACAACAUCAACAUCGACAACAACAACAUCAGCAUCAUCUGGAACGCCAGCAUUACAUAA